GACUUCCUUGGUGUCCGGUGAAUGGAGAGAUGUCUGGAAACAGGUACAUGGCAGGAAUUGAACCAAGAAAUGCUCCAGAAAAACAAGACAGUAACUUUGUUCCUUGUUGGGGAGCUGUCAAGGAGUUUGGUGACACCGAUGAGGGGAGAAUCCUCAAGAGUGAGCCUCAAAAUUCGUAUCUGGUGGGCAAGAAGAGCAACCAUUGGACGCUGGAUCCCGGUGCACAUGAGAGAAUCCAGGCAGGCGAAAAGCCACAUGAAUGUUUGGACUGUGGGAAGAUCUUCAGUCUGAGGUCCAUGCUUGUGGCGCAUGAAAGGAGACACAUGGGGCAGAAGCCGUACCCCUGUUCACACUAUGGGAAGAGUUUUGGCAUGAGCUCAGACCGCCACAGGCACUCUCGAAUCCACAUGGGGGAGAAGCCAUACAAGUGCUCAGAGUGCGGGAAGUCCUUCCGGCAGAGCUCUUCCUUCGCCUGCCACUUAAGGACUCACGUUUGUGAGAACCUUUUUAAAUGUUCGCCGUGUGGGAAAAGUUUUGGCAGCAGGGCUGAGCUGCUCAGGCAUGAGAGGUCCCACAUGAGCAAGGAGCUCCACAAAUGCUCCGAUUGCGGGAGAAGCUUUGGCCACAGUUCACAGCUCCUGGCCCACAAGAGAAUCCACACAGGGGAGAAACCAUACAAAUGCCUCGAGUGCGGGAAGAUCUUCAGCAUCAGCUCGCUCCUUAGGGGGCAUCAGAGGAAACAUUCCGGCGAGAAGCCAUAUAAAUGCUUGGAAUGCGGGAAAACAUUUAGUGGGAAAUCCCACCUUAGUAGACAUUGGAGAAUCCACACCGGGGAAAAGCCUUUCAAGUGCUUGGUUUGUGGGAAAAGCUUCUGUAUGAGUUCGGACCUUAUUGCUCAUGAGAGAAUCCACACUGGACACAAACCCUACGAGUGUCUGGACUGUGGGAAAACCUUUAGUCAGAAGCAGCACUUGACUAGCCACCAGAGGACCCACACGGGAGAGAAGCCAUAUGUCUGUUCGCACUGUGGCAAAGGCUUCAGUGUGAGCUCCAACCUCAACACCCACGAGCGAAUCCACACAGGAGUGAGGCCUUUUAAAUGUUCCAACUGUGGGAAAACGUUCAGUCAGAAGUCGCACCUCAUUGGCCACCAGAGAAUCCACACUGGGGAAAAGCCCUAUGUGUGCAGGGACUGUGGGAAAAGUUUUGGUUCCAGCUCCAACCUUAUGGUCCAUGUGAGAACCCAUUGUGGAGAGAAAACAUAAGAGUGUUUGGAA